GGGGGUGGCGUCCGUGCAUCACUCCUCUCCAGCCGCGUUAAGAGCCUCGGUCGCCGGCGUCUCGUCCUCCGCUCGCUCGCGCUCUGGAUGUGGACGAACUGGAGCCGAAGCAAGUUGUCGUCGUACUGAGGGCGGGACCCCAGCCUGCAGAGCAGCUCGGAGCGGAGUGAAAGGCGGUCGGCGAACAGCGUCUCCAUCCCGGGAUUUAUUGGCAGCAAGACGACGGACACACAGAAGAAAAGAGGGUGGGGGGAAGAAAAAAAAUCGCAUCUCGGAGCCGCUUUGGACAAUGUUUCUGUUGCAGUACACAGGACUCAAUGCCCUGUCCUUUGAUCCGGCCGCCAAUAACGACCCCCUGCACUUCAACAGCUCCAGCGGCUCGCCACCUGUGGAAAACGCGUCCGAAAACAGCAAGAAGAGGAAGCGAGCCAGCCUGCCUCCAGAGGGUAUUCAUAACAUGACCAUGGAGUCCAACUCCAUAUCGAUGCCCAUGUCAGACCCCAACGCCUGGGCCACUGCCAUGAACAACCUGGGGAUGCCUCCAAUGGGCAUCACUGGACAGCCUCUCAUGCCAGACUUUGACCCUAACCUCGGGAUGAUGGCUGGGAUCACGCCCAUCAACCCCUUGAUGCCCGGCCUCGGCAUGGUGCCCGCGCCCCUGUCGCAUGAUGUGCCCGUCGUCAAGGAGAUUAUCCACUGCAAGACCUGCACCCUCUUCCCCCCUAACCCCAAUCUCCCCCCUCCAGCGACCAGAGAGCGCCCUCCAGGUUGUAAGACGGUGUUUGUCGGCGGCCUGCCCGAGAAUGCCAACGAACAGCUCAUCAUGGAGGUGUUCGGACAGUGUGGCGAUAUUACGGCUAUUCGCAAAAGCAAGAAGAACUUCUGCCAUAUUCGAUUCGCAGAGGAGUUUACAGUGGACAAGGCCCUCUUCCUGUCCGGUUAUCGCAUCCGACUGGGCUCCAGCACGGACAAAAAAGACACGGGGCGCCUCCACGUGGACUUCGCCCAGGCUCGGGACGACCUCUACGAGUGGGAGUGUCGCCAGCGCAUGAUGGCCAGAGAGGAGCGGCACCGACGCAAGAUAGAGGAGGACCGCCUCCGGCCGCCCUCGCCUCCCCCCAUUGUGCACUUCUCUGAGCACGAAUGUAGCCAGCUGGGCGACAAAAUUAAAGAUGAUAGCAAAUUUGCCGAGGCGGUGCGCGUUCUUCUGACCUGGCUGGAACGUGGCGAAGUCAACCGCCGCAACGCCAACAACUUCUACUCCAUGAUCCAGUCGUCCAACAGUCACAUCCGUCGCCUGAUGACGGAGAAGAGCCAGCAUGAGAAGGAGAUGGAGGAGGCCAAGGACAAGUUCAAGACUGCCCUGUCCGGUAUACUGGCUCAGUUUGAGCAGAUUGUGUCUGUAUUCCAAGCUGCUUCCAAACAAAAGGCAUGGGACCAUUUCUCCAAAGCACAGCGCAAGAACUUGGACGUGUGGCGCAAGCAAGCCGAGGAGAUUCGAAACAUCCACAACGAGCAGCUGAUGGGCAUCCGGCGCGAGGAGGAGAUGGAGAUGUCCGACGACGACAUGGAGGAGGCACCAGACAGCAAAGACUCCGUGGACUCAGGCGUGUUGCAAGCCGAGGCCUUGAAGGAAGAGAACGACUCAUUGCGCUGUCAGCUAGACGCCUAUCGGAAUGAGGUGGAGCUGCUCAAGCAGGAGCAGGGCAAGAACCAGCCAAUCAGGAGCGAGGAGGACAGCACACACACUCAGCAGCUCAGCUUCCUGCAGCAGGCGCUGCAAGGCAUGCAGAAGCAACUCCUGAAGAUGCGGGAGGACCUGAAGCAGCGGGAGUGCGAGUUGGAGAAGAGUCAGGAGGACAAGCAGCAGCUCAAGCAUCAAGUCCAUACCCUGAAGGAAGGACUGCAAAACCUGCAGAAGACUCAGAUGGAACGAUCCAAACAAGAUGACAGAGGCGGCGAGGAAGCUGAUAAUCAAACCAAUGAGGGUACACUGGUGUCCUGUAGUCAGGAGAGGGAAGGACCAACAGAGAGGAGUUCACCAAGUCCUGUCCAUUCAGAGAGAGAAGCCCUGCUCGUCGCCGCAGUGUCCAAGGGGGGCCCCCACACGGGAAGAGGAGGCAUCAUCUCCACCUUCCUUCAUGUGCAUCCAUUUGGAGCCAGCAUCGAGUACAUCUGCUCCUACCUGCAGCGCCUCGACACCAAGAUCAACCCGCCCGAGGUGGAGUCUCUCCUCUCUCGACUCCCCUGCACCUUCAGGCAGGAGCUGACGGGCGUGGGCGCCAGUCUGGAGAAACGAUGGAACUUCUGCGGAUUCCAGGGUAUCAAGAGCACGUAAGGUUGUGCACGUGGAGGGAGCACCAAAACCCUCCACGGCUGUCAAGACUGCAUCCCCGCAGUUACAGGAAUGUUUACUUGACACGGCCACGACUCUUCAGGAGUCCGGGCAAAGGAGUCACUGGAUUUGAACGUGUUUGCGGCCCACGUCGGUUGGGCAUAAAAGCUUUCUGAGCCUUUUUGGCGGGUACGACCAGGACAACACAGGCCUAUUACCUGUGACAUCAUCAGGGUCGAACUCUUCAAACCUCUAAAACCCUGCAGCCGCCAUCCCGCUUGUUCUCUUCUUUUCUGUUCUUUUCUUUUUUUGUCUUUCCUGGUUUGUAACAUUGAUUAUGAAAAAAAGAAAUCAUAUAUUUCUUCAUUUUCUGUGAAGACUGAAGAGUUACAAAGAAUUGUUGUAAUAUGCUGUACAUGGUUGGAUUGUAUUUUUGAUUAUAA